AAAACUCAGUCUGAAUCCAAAUCAAAAUCAGACCAUAUCUUGCUUAUUAAAUACUUAUGCCUACGUGAUCAUAUGGAGGUUAGUAGAUGGAGGAGGCUUAUAGAACAAGUCCCUGGAAUACUAGUUCUUGUUCUUGAUCAUCCCAACUUUAUAAGCGCACAGUCGACCAAGUGUCGGGCUAAGCGCCAGUAAUUCUUUUUGCGAUGCUUUUCAAACGCUGGGAAAAUCUCCGUUUCUUGUACUCUUUGGGUGAUCUGAAUCCAAGGUCCCUAGCUAGAUGACAAAAGAAGAAGAAGAAAAAGGUGGUGUGGAUGGGAAAGAGGAUUACACACAGGAUGGAACUGUGGAUCUCAAGGGUCGGCCAGUCCAAAGAUCAGAAACUGGGAGAUGGAAAGCUUGUUCCUUCAUUGUUGAUGCUCAUCUUGGGCGCUACUGGACUUUCAUCAUUUCAUCAUUCAUUUACUUGGUGGGAAUGUGCUUGUUGACACUAGCAGUUUCAAUGCCAUCCUUGCAACCUCCAUCGUGUGGCAAUAGGCAUAGGACUGUAGCAAACGUGCCUUCAAGCUGCAACUGGGUUCUUCUGUGCCUUGCAAUAACAUUGGGGACGGGCGGGACCAAGCCAAAAUCUCCUCCAUGGGGGCUAACCAGUUCGAUGACUUUGUGCCCAAGGGCCGGGCCUAGAAGCUCUCCUUCUUCAAUUGGUGGAUGUUCAGUGUUUUCUUUGGAACCCUUGUGUCAAACACCUUUUUGGUGUACAUACAGGACAAUGUAGGUUGGGUUGUCGAGUACAGACCUGCUGUCUCAUUUCCCUGUCCCUUUGGCUGUCUCCCCAAUCAAAAUUAACUAGGUCACCCAAUUAAUACACGUUACCAAAUAAUGAUUAUUCUAAAUUAACAAUAAAAAACUUAAGGUUCUUCUUUUAAAAUUUAUUUUCCAAUUAACAAGAAAAAACUCAUUUCUUUCUGACAAAAGAUGAAUUUUUUCUAGACAGAGUACUUCCAGAUAGAAAAAAUUCAUCUUUUCGUCUGAAAGAGAUGAAUUUUUUCUUAUUAAUUAUAAAAUGAAUUUUGAAAAAAGAACGUUAAGUUUUUUGUCGUUAAUUUAAAAUAAUCAUUGUUUGGUAAUGUAUAUUAAUUUGGUGACGUAGCUAAUUUUGAUCGGAGAGAUAGCCAAAGAGAUAGGGAAAUGGAACAACAGAUCUGGGCUCUGAGUUUUCGGCUACAGCCUCCCAACACUUCGGGCUUGCUGCGUCCAUACUCUAGUGUUCAUUGUGGGCACACCCUGUUAUAGUCACAAGACUCCUUCAGGGAGCCCUUUCACUAGGAUGGCUAAGGUGCUGGUGGCUGCAAUUAGGAAGUGGAAGGUGGUUGUCCCAAAUGACCCAAAAGAGCUCUAUGAGCUCAGCUUAGAGGAGUAUUCUAGUUCUGGCAAGUUCAAAAUUGACUGCAACCCCUCGUUAAUAAGGUCUUUGAGAAGUUUAGAAUCUGGUGCACCCACUUCAAAUACAUAUUCUGAUCUCUCAUUUUCCUAAGCUGCUUCACUUAUACUAAUUAAAUUACCAUGCCUCUAGAUUUCUUGACAAGGCUGCAGUGAAGAGUGGGGCAAGCUCGCCAUGGAGCUUAUGCCCAGCGACCCAAGUGGAAGAAACCAAGCAAACGCUGAAAAUGCUCCCAAUUCUGGCUGCCACCUUCUUCCCCAGCACCAUGCUCGCGC